AUGUCUCACAGAAAGUUCGAAGCUCCACGUCAUGGUUCCCUUGGUUUCCUCCCAAGAAAGAAGGCCAACAGACUUUUAGGUCACGUCAAGUCCUUCCCAAAGGAUGACCGUUCCAAGCCAGUCCAUUUGACUGCCUUCAUUGGUUACAAGGCCGGUAUGACCCAUAUUGUCCGUGACCUCGAGAAGCUCGGCUCCAAGAUGCACAAGAAGGAGAUCGUCGAAGCCGUCACCAUCAUCGAAACCCCACCAAUGGUCGUUGUCGGUUUGGUCGGUUACACCGAAACCCUCAAGGGUCUCCGUGCCUACAAGACUGUCUGGGCCCAACAUUUGAGCAACGAGUUCCGUCGUCACUUCUACAAGUCCUGGUGCAAGUCCAAGAACAAACUCGCCUUCACCAAGUACUCUAAGAAGUUUGAGGAAGGUACCAUCAAGAUCUCCAACGCUGUCGAAGCCAUCAAGAGAAAGUGUGCCAUCAUCCGUGUCAUUGCUCACUCUCAACCAGCCAAGGUUGCCGCUCUCCACCAAAAGAAGGCCCACAUGCUCGAAAUCCAAUUGAACGGUGGUUCCAUCGCUGACAAGCUCAAGUGGGCCGUCGACAUGUUUGAAAAGACCAUCUCUAUCGAAUCUGUCUUUGCCGAGAACGAAAUGCUCGACGUCAUCUCUGUCACCAAGGGUAAGGGUUUCCAAGGUGUCGUCAAGAGAUGGGGUGUCAAGAAGCUCCCAAGAAAGACUCACAAGGGUCUCAGAAAGGUUGCCUGUAUUGGAGCUUGGCAUCCAAGUCGUGUCAGCACCACCGUCCCACGUGCUGGUCAAAUGGGUUUCUUCCACCGUGUCGAAACCAACAAGAAGAUCUACCGUAUCGGAAAGGCUCAACCAACUACCGGUCCAAAGAUCCCAACUGGUGCCACUGAAUUCGAUAUCACCGCCAAGACCAUUACCCCAAUGGGUGGUUUCCUCAACUACGGUGUCGUUCGUAACGAAUUCAUCAUGGUCAAGGGUUGCGUUGGUGGUCCAGCCAAGCGUGUCAUCACUCUCAGAAAGUCUAUUCGUCCAAACGUCACCCGUGCUGGUCUCGAAAAGAUCAAGUUUGAAAGAAUAGUUCAAAGGGCUGUUUCAAUCAAUGGUUUCGAGACAUAUUACCCAUCGACACAGCUGGAAAUCGAUCAACUUACAGAUAAAAGCGAUCAAAUUCAAAAAGGAAGUGAUCAAAUUAUAAUUAGACAAGAACAUGCAUCUGUUGUGAAUAUCGAUAGAUUGAUUAUACAUUGUAUCAACACUAGACCAUCACAUUGGUUAAACACAAAUGGUAGUACUUUUAUUGUUUGGAAGGGAAGAUUGGUUUAUAGGGAAGAUAUUAGAAUAGAUUAA